AGACAACUACACAUCUCACCCUGCCCGACAAGAUGUCGUCCACUCAAGCUCAGAUCCAUCUCCGCUCCCUCUACCGACGCAUCAUGCGUGAGCUGCCUCCUCGCACAUUGGCAUCCACUAAAACCACCGCCAAAUCAUCCUCACGUUCUCCGUUACAUGCCUCGAUUCGAUCCCACUUGGCCGACUCCUCAGCUCUAUCACCGUCGUCAACACACUCAACGCCACCAGCAGCUGCUGAUGCAGGAGUUGGAUCCUCAGCAGAACAUGCACUCGCACGCAGACAGGAAUUAGAACAGCUUGUGCAAUAUCUAAGGGCCCAGCGUCUCUAUGGAGUUUUGCUCGAGCGUUACAACCCCGGUACUGGCAUGGAUGAAGAGGAGCGAGUGCGGUUGACGGCAAGGAGGGUCGGGAUGGAUUUGCCUGUCGAAUACGAGUGGAAGCCACCUCGGUAAAGAGGGGAGAGGAGAUUAUUGCUCUUUAAUAUACCCCUGAGGCUUGGAAGCGGUGAACAAAUCGCAGACCACCCCCCGACAGAGCGAUCUUUUUACUUGGCUCCGAGAGGACUCAAGUGACAACACAUCUUGGACGCUUGAACAGAUGAGAGGAUAAAUUCAGAUUGCCUCAUCCUUCACACCCUCGCUAUAGUCAAGACAUCACUACAUUCCUUUCCGUUGUCUUCAAGACCCUCAUCACCCUACUAUCUGGAACCAGCAUCGUGCUACUACCCCGCGACUUGAGACGAAUAUUCUCGGGGAAUCCCAAGACGGUGAAUGGAAUGAAGUCGAAACUGAUCUGUUGUGAGUGCAGCAUCAGGCGAGAAGUGCAAUGAGACCAGUCAACACGCCUGCAGCGGUUAAGAAAGCCUCACCGCCGAAAAGACUCGACCUUGUCGCAACAUUGGUACUUUGUGCAGAUGUUGCGGACGCGCUUGACGAACCACUGUUGGUAGCGCUGUGCACAGAACCUGUGCUGGAACCAGACUGUGGUGUUCCUGAUACUACCAGCGUCGUGGAUGAUUGAGAUGCGGUAAUUGUUCCAGUCAAAGUCGUGACAGUGUCGAUGACUUCGCUAGAUAUACCUUCGGAGACAGUGGAACCAGCAGUUGUGGCGGGCACAUUGUCGGUGGAUGUGGAGGUGAGGAGGGUGAGUUGACCAUUGGCAUCAGUGGAGACCUGGUUGCUAGACGCACCAAGGGUUAAAUCGGUACUUGAUGCGAUUGUGACACCAUUGCCGAUAAAGAGGAGUUGGUAACCAGUACCAAAGUUCUGGAUCGUGUUCUCUGGUACUGUGUAUGAGCCAGAAAAUGUCGACACCCCCGUGGCCAGCGUCAAGUUGCUAGUGACUGCAUUGGGCUCGGCGUUGCUGAAACGGAUUUCGACCAGGGCCGGGUCGAAGUUCUCAGCCGACCAGACGAUGUUCAAGGGUUGGGUUGGGUCGAUGCUGGAGCCCGACGUGGGCGAUAUGAUCUUCAGCGCCGACACUGUUGUCGCGCUGAACAGGAGCAGCACAACACUGGCAAUGUACAAGGUCGUCGUGGGCAUUGCGAGUGUACGGAUGGAUUUUGGUGUCCACUUCUUCGUUAAAUUACUAGACACGUAGGUAGUCACGUCACCAAGUCGAGUCGUCUUUGUCGCGAUGGGAUGCGAUGCGGUCCCAUGUAAUAAAAAUACAAAGAAUUCAUGGAAUG